AUGGCCGUUGAGUUAGUACAUGCAGUCUCUGUAGUUAGGCUCUUUUUCGAUACUCUCGAGUUCUGCACUGUUAUGUGUGACCAUCAGGGCGUAGCUUGUCGAAAUGACAACGGCGAAUUUGACUCUCUCACAGAAACAGAUCAAUUCGAAUUCGAAUUGAUAAAUAAAGAACCCCCUAGUUCCCCUAAUAAAAAAACCUCCAUAAGCGAUGAAAUCGCAUCCAUGUCCUCAGAUAACACAAGCCCACAAAAAAACACAAAUAAACCAAAAAAAAGAGCAAAUAACCCACGAAAAACCCAGAUUAAACAUAUACAAAACUGA